CCGGGUGUCACAAAUGAGCCUUGGUGUGGUUCCACCUUGCUCAUUGCUGGGUGCAGCAGCUGAAACCCCUGAAGCAUCUGCCCCUCUUCCAUAGCAAAAUUAGGCUACUGAUAAAGAGAGACCACGGGGCAGGGGUACCUCUUCUCAGGCCAUCUGCUGUAAUGGAAAAGCCCCCCCUACCCCAGAUGGGUCAGCAAAAAGCACUGGAAGGCCCAGUCUACAACUUGCCAAGAGCUGUGUGUCUGAAAUAGCCUUAAAUAUGGCUUGUCUGGCUAAUAUGGAUAUGGGAUGGGGAGGGAUGUAGGCUCUUGACUCAUGGGGGAAGGAGGAAAAACAGAUAAAAUCUACAGGAAGAGCCUAACCCCUCAGCUUUCUGAGCAGACUCUUCCACCCCUGUGGCUUUGCUAUCCCUGCUGAUAGCCUGUUUGCUCAGCCACAUGGGAAACUGUCCCCAGCAAAGGGGAAGGCCUUCAAACCUAGUGACAGAAUGUCUGGACGUGGCAAGAGGAAGGCAAAGCCCUGGUCUUCAAGAUCGCAGUCAAAGAGGGCUGGUUUGCAAUUCCCUGUGAGCCGUGUCCACCGGUACCUGAAGAAGGGGCACUAUGCCGUGAGAAUAAGCCCCAGUGCUGCAGUCUACCUGGCCUCUGUGCUACAGUACCUGAGUGCCGAAGUGCUGGAAGCAGCAGGGUACGUGACCCAGGCAAAGGGCUACCACCGCAUCAUGCCAAGGCACAUCCUGCUGGGCAUUAAGUGUGACGACGAACUGCAUAAACUCUUCAACCAUGUGACUAUUCCACAAGGAGGUGUCCCGCCCAGAAUUGAGAAGCCGCUUCUGAUCAAGAAACCCAACAAAAAGUCUGCGAGUAGAAAGAGAGCUUCCCCCUGCUAGCUCCCCUCCAGCUGCAGCUGAGCCUUGCAAUGAGGGGUGAGGUCUGGCUCACCGAGACUGGGUUCUGUGCUACAGGCUUCACUUGGUGCACUUGGUUUGUGUAUUGCUGCUAAAGAAUAUUUAUUCAGGCUGGUGAUUUUGUAUACGCUUUUUGGUGUAUGAAAUACAGGUUUAUUAGACUA